UAGGGAUUGGAGUCAAAAGAGAAAAAGUUCACAUGUGAGUGAAUAAAUGAUGAUAUUGGACGGUACAAAUAACACAUUUAGCUACACUAGCAUAUCAGUUUGAUACUACACAAAACAAGAUUAAGAUUAAGAUGGAGGUAAACGGUGAGAAUAGGGAUAGCAGAAGAGUGAUCGAUCCAAGAAGUGGGUUUUGCAGCAGCAAUUCAAUCUUCUACAGCAAGAGAAAGCCCCUUCCACUUCCACCUAACCACUCUUUAGAUGCCACCACUUUCAUCUCCUCCCGCGCUCAUCACGGCCAUAUCGCCUUCAUUGACGCCUCCACCGGCCACCAAUUCACUUACCAACAACUCUGGCGAUCCGUCGACUCCGUCACCUCCUCACUCUCCAACAUGGGUAUCCGUAAAGGUGACGUCAUCCUUCUCCUCUCUCCCAACUCCAUCUAUUUCCCUGUUGUCUGUCUCUCCGUCAUGUCCCUCGGCGCUAUCAUCACCACCACCAAUCCUCUCAAUACAUCUGGUGAAAUUGCUAAACAGAUUGCUGAUUCCAAACCUGUUCUUGCUUUCACUACUCAACAACUCCUUUCCAAAAUCACCCAAGCAUCACCUUCACUUCCAAUCAUUCUCAUGGACACCAACAACAACAACAACAACUCAUCAUCAUCUUCAACAACAACAACAACACUGGAUGAAAUGAUGAAGAAAGAACCUGAGUUGAGUAGAGUGACUGAGCGCGUCAACCAGAAUGACACAGCCACAUUACUCUACUCAUCAGGAACAACAGGACCAAGCAAAGGAGUAGUAUCUUCCCACAAGAAUCUAAUAGCGAUGGUUCAAGUUGUAAUGGCUAGGUUCGGUAAAGAACAAGAGACAAGAGAAACUUUCAUAUGUACUGUUCCGAUGUUUCAUAUAUACGGUCUUGCGGUGUUUGCUAUGGGGCUUCUUGCUAUGGGUUCAACCAUAGUUGUUCUCUCUAAAUUCGAGAUGCACGACAUGCUUUCAUGGAUUGAAAAAUUCAGAGCAACCUUCUUACCUCUUGUGCCCCCGAUAUUGGUUGCUAUACUGAACAACGCAGAUGCUAUUAAGAGAAAGUAUGAUUUGAGUUCGCUUCAUACGGUGGUUUCUGGUGGUGCUCCUUUGAGUAAAGAAGUAACGGAAGGGUUUAUUGAAAAGUACCCUAAUAUUUUGUUGGAAGAUGAGAAUUUUAAUGAAGCACUGAAUGUUCUGGAGAGAAUCAAGUUGGAUGGCAUCCAACUUGAUGUACUGCUGUUUAACACGUUUCUUCGACAAGCAUGUUACAAGGGAAGAAUUGAUGUAAUUGAGUUUAUUGUGGAGUUUAUGCACCAAGAAAAAGUUCAGCCUGAUCCAACAACAUGUGGCUACGUCUUCUCUGCAUAUGUAAAUUCCAGUUUUCACAAUACAGCAGUAGAAGCAUUGCAGGUUUUAAGUUUGCGUAUGAUGUCUGUAGAUGGCAACAUACUUCAAGAGAGGAAAAAUUUUGUGGAUGAAUUCAUCCUUGAUGAAGAUUUAGCUUCUGAGUCACACAUAUUUAAAUUAUUUGAAGAUUCUGAAGAUAAAGUUGCAAUAGGGUUGUGGAAUUUAAGAUGGUGUGCCAUGAUUGGGUUUCCAAUAUGUGAGUCAGCUGACCAGAGCCUAUGGGCUAAAAGACUCGAGUCGCGAUUCCAAAAGAGGCUAGCGUCUGGUUCCAUAAUAGGAGAGCAAUUAUGACCUGCGAGCCGUGAGUCCUAUGCCAUUGCCGUUAACAGUUAGUUUUUUUCUCUCAAGGAAGCCUCCACAAAAUGGUUGGGGGUUCUUCAUUUCUCCAGCUCUGCGCAAGAGGUAUACUUUACAAAAAUAAUCCCAGGACAAGUUUUGAUCAUUUUGGAAGUUUUUGGAGCUCCAAGUUUGAUCCAAUUGCAGAAGUUUGGGUCAACCGGAUAAUCGACCAACUACAAGUCAUUAGCUGAGAAAAUAAUCAAUGAGUUUAGUUUGUAGUUUACUAAAUUCAAUGUUUGGUUCCAAUUUUAUUUUUUUCAACAGCAUGUUUGAUUCCAAUUAAUGUGUUUUCGAUCAAUUUUA